AUGGCUCGAUUGAGAAGGAUAUCUAAUGUGCGCAAUCGGAAAGCCGCAAAGGCCAUUAGUAUAGUGUUAGGACUAUUGCUUGUCUAUUUUUCGUUGUUGAUUCAGUUGCUUGAGCUUUUGGUAUUGAGAAGGUUAUUAGAGCCUAGGAGACCUCGGAAUACCCCUUUAGAUAACAUAUUUGAUCGUCAACAUGAUAGGAGGCGUUAUAUGAGGCGCACGCUUGAACUUUCUGAUAGUCGAUGUAUUCAUAAGCUUCGGAUGAACCGAACCUUGUUUAGGAAGUUGUGUGAAUUACUUGUCAGUGAGGGGGGGUUAAAUGGUACGGAUGAUGUAGGCAUAGAUGAGAUGGUGAUGAUUUUCUUGGUCACAAUUGGACACAACGUCAAGAACAGGAUCCUACAACAAGAUUUCUGUAGAUCGGGGCAAACCAUUUCAAAAGUAUUCCAUAUGGUCCUUCGUUCUAUUCUCCGACUCCAUCCCAUCCUAAUACCCCAGCCAACACCUAUACCAGAAAACUCUGAUGAUGCAAAGUGGAAAUUCUUUAAGGGCUGCUUAGGGGCACUAGAUGGGACACAUAUCAAGGUCCGUGUAAGGCUUGAAGACCAGCCUAGAUAUCGAGACCGCAAGGGGACUGUUUCAAUGAACGUUUUGGGGGUCUGUAAUUCAAAUCUCGAGUUCGUAUAUUGCUUAGCUGGUUGGGAAGGUUCAGCUCAUGAUGGGAAGGUCCUUAGAGAUGCAUUGCUAAGGCCAAAUGGGUUGCGGGUUCCGAAAGGCACGUAUUACUUGUGUGAUCAAGGUUAUAGCAAGUGUGAAGGAUUCUUAACACCAUACCGUGGGCAACGGUAUCAUCUCAAGGAGUGGGGAGGAUUACGCCCUAAGAAAGCGGAAGAAUACUUCAACAUGAAGCAUGGCAGUGCAAGAAACAGUAUUGAGCGUGCUUUCGGUAUCAACAAAAAUAGAUGGGCUGUCCUAAGAGAUGCGAGUUGGUUCUCCCCUGAAGUGAUGGUCCAGAUCGUGAAUUCUUGCUAUUUGUUGCAUAAUUUUAUCAAAAGAGAGGCAGGUGUUGACGCAUUUGAGAGGGAUUACGUGGACACUGAACCUGAGCAGUAUCCUUCUGCCUAUGCCGAGCACAUUGAGGAUGUAAUAUCUGUAGUUCAGCCUUCAGACCAGUGGACUAACUUUAGGGAUAAGCUAUCACAAGAAAUCUGGUCAAAUAGGAGUGGUAGAAGAUGA